CCUGUCGUCCCCUCCUGUCUGGCUCUCUCGAGGUGACCCCCUUUUUUUUCUGCCCAUCAUGGUGAACGUCACGCUCACGCCCGAGGGCAACAUUUCGACGCUGUGGAAGGAUGAAACCUACCAAUACAACCUCGGUGACAUGGCAUGGAUCAUCGUGGCCACGGGCCUCGUCUUCAUCAUGAUUCCCGGUCUCGCCUUCUUCUACGCCGGUCUGGGCCGGGCAAAGAGCGCGACGUCGAUGCUCUGGAUGGGCUGCGUCGUCAUGUCCAUUGCCAUGUUCACCUGGUCGUUCUGGGGCUUCUCCCUCGCCUUUUCCAAGCGAGGCUCGCCCUACAUUCGCAACCUGGACAACUUUGGCCUGAUGGGUGUCGACAUGCAGCCCUCGACGGGCUCCCCAUACAUUCCCCAGCUCCUCUACUACAUCUACCAGAUGAUGUUCGCAGCCAUCACGCCCGUCAUUGCCAGCGGUGCCUUCAUCGACCGCGCGCGCCUGGCCCCCGUCAUGAUCUGGACGUUCUGCUGGUCGACGAUCGUGUAUGCGCCCAUCGCCUGCUGGACGUGGAACCUGGGCGACGGCGGCGACAUCAAGGGAGGCUGGGCUGCCACUAUGGGCGGUCUCGACUUUGCUGGUGGCACGCCCGUGCACAUCUCGUCGGGAACGGCCGCCCUCGCCAUCUCCAUCUUCCUCGGCCGCAGGAAGGGUUACGGCACCGAGGUGCUUGCCUACCGGCCUCACAAUGUCUCCUACAUUGUCAUUGGAACGAUGCUGCUCUGGUUCGGAUGGUUCGGCUUCAACGGUGGUUCUGCUCUCGGCGCCAACCUCCGUGCUGUCAUGGCCAUGACGGUGACCAACAACGCUGCUGCCGUCGGAGGCCUGACGUGGAUGUUCUGGGACUGGCGUCUUGAGCGCAAGUGGUCCGCUGUCGGAUUCUGCUCCGGUGCCAUUGCUGGUCUUGUUGCCAUUACGCCCGGAAGUGGUUACGUCGCCUGGCCGGCAUCGAUUGUCUUUGGUGUCGUUGCCGGCACCGUGUGCAACUGGGGCACUGGACUCAAGAACAUCAUCGGCGUCGAUGACUCGCUCGAUGUCUUCGCUGCCCACGGUCUCGGAGGCAUUGCCGGCAACAUCCUCACGGCCUUCUUUGCCGACAACCGAGUGGCCUCGUUCGACGGCUCCACUCCCAUCGCCGGUGGCUGGAUCAACCACAACUACAUCCAGCUCGGCUACCAGCUCGCAGACUCUGUCUCGGGCUUCGCCUACUCUUUCGUCGUGACAAUGAUCCUGCUCUUCCUCAUCGACCGCAUCCCAGGCUGCCACUUCCGUGCCUCGGACGAGGACGAGGUUCUGGGCAUUGACCUUGCGCAGGUGGGAGAGCAGUGCGUCGUUUACCCCGACCACUUCCUCGACAACUCCGACAACGGUGGAAGCCCUGCAAUGGUCGAGCAGUCCAAGGAGGGUUCCUCGCCGUCCCACAGCCACCACGGUCACAGCAAGGCAGAGGUGUCGGCGGUCUAA